AUGAAUACAAGUUUGAAUCGGAAAGAUAUCGAAGACUUUUGGCGGAGAUCGAAUUCGAUUUGCGAUCAGGUAUGAGAUGGAAUGCUUGAUUUUUUGAAAAAAAAAAACAAUUUUGAUUUUAGGAAAGCGAAGAUCCAGAAAAUCUGCAUGUUCAAGUGAGGCGGAUGAGUUUAGCUGAAUUCAAUGGUUUGGCAGGGGAGCCAAAGUUAGCGUAAGUCGUCUAAUUGAUGAUUUAUUUGAGUCACUUCGGCUCAUUGUGAGGCAGAGUACAGCUUUAGAAUGAAAACUUGAUUCUAGAUGCGAUUAGAUACUCUAGGAGCGGCUCCUUGAGUUUCUAAGCUCAGCUCCUUGUCAUAGGAUCCCUCAAGACGCGGCUCUUUGCCAUAUGUGAGUUCUAGACGAGGGUCCUAGACGACUAGGUUCUCUAGGAGCGACUCUUUUAGAAUUAGAGUUUCUAGGCUUGGCUUCUUGACAUAGGAGCUCUCAAGACGCAGCUCCUUGCUAAAGGGGACCUCUAGCAGUGAUUCCUUCAGGACUAGAGUUUCUAAGCUCAGCUCCUUGCUAGAGGAAAUCUCUAGAUCAGGGUCGUAGACGCCUAGGUUAUUUAGCCUCAACUGCUUGACAACUUGGAUUUCUAGGCUUGGCUAUUUGCCACACAAUCUCCAAAAGUUCAUAAGUCGAAAUCCCUUUGACAAUGUUCAACUCUGGAAACCACGAUUUUCAGAGAUAUCGAAACUCCAACUUGGAAAUCCUCAGUCUCCCAAUCAUCCCUCCUCAAUUCAUUUUCGAAUCGUCGUCGAUCAAUUCUCCCAUCCGACACUUAUGAAUCACCCGCUCGUAGAUUAGCCACACAAUCAGAAGAAGAUAUGGAUAUUCAAACAGCAAUCAGCAGGUUUGCUCAUAUUUUUAUUCUCAAAAAAGAAAAAAGAAAAACUCUCGCUUGAAACUCAAUUUCUUCAAAACGGAAAAUCGAGAAGAAUUCAAUUUUUUUCGAAACAAAAUGUGUUAUAUUCUCAUUUUCAGGCUGAAAUCCAUCGAGACAACGUGUCAAAAAUCGCAGAGUUGUGAUAAGUUACUUAAUGAUUUGUCAUCGGAAAAAUCAAAAGCAUCGGAUGCAAUUAAUCGAAUACAAAUUGUUGUCAAACAACUUAAUCAGUUGGUUUUUUUUCCGACAAAAAAAAGUUGAAUUUUCAAAAAUCAUUAUUUUUUUAGGAUUCCUUCAUCAAGCACAUCAACUAUUCAAUCACUUCUACCGGAAACCGUUUCAGCCGCAACAUUUCUGGCAAAAACAAUUAACAACAUAAAAAUCAAUACAACAGUCUAUCAUUCUGAACUUCUAAGCACAGAAUUAAACCAGGUAUAGAUUCUUAAAGAUUUCUAUGAAUUCUAUUAAUACAAUUCCAGGUAUUUUGUUCAAUAACAUCAUUUAUAGCCAAAUUGGAUAACCAAACAAUGUCUGCUAAUAUUUCGACACCAACUCGAAAAUUGAGUUUAGUAGCAAGUUCCUAUUCUCAAUUAAUUGCCAAUUUGAAUGUUUUGAAUCGAGCUGUUUCUUCGGUUUAA